GCGCGCGUCGGCGAGGUCGGCCUGCGGAAUCUCGGCAACACGUGCUACAUGAACUCGGUGUUGCAAGCUUUAGCGCACGUGCCGCCGCUGCGGGCCUACUUCGCGUCCGGCGAGUUCCGCUACGACAUCAACACGCGGUCGAAGUUCGGCGCGCGGGGCGCGCUCGCGACCGCGUUCGGCGAACUCCUCGGCGAGCUCGACGAGUUCCUCGACGGCGCGCGCGACGGGCCCGGCCCGUCCUACGACCUCGUGGCCGUCGUGAACCACUUUGGCGGGCUGGAGCACGGCCACUACACCUGCGCGGCGCGGCGGUUGGACGGCCGCGGGUGGCUCGAGUUCGACGACCGCCGCGUCGAGGCGCUGGAGAUCGGGGACGUGUGCGACGACCCGGCGGCCUACGUCCUCUUCUACGCGCGCCGCGACGUCCGGGAG